GUGUGUUUUUCUUCCUUAGACUUGAGAAAUAAAAACAAACCCAAUAAUUUUCAGAAAAGAAAGAGAUGCAAAAUCGAGCACCGGCAUCGUCUUCGCCGUUGCAAUCGCCACCGUGUUCGAAGCUUCAAUUGACUUGAUAUGAUGCAAGGCUUCCACCAUCAGCAGCAACAGCAGCUGAUUUCUCUUCUCUCGGCAGCUUUACCAACUAAUAACCCCUCUUCCUCUUCCUCGGACCCCGUCGCUCCUCCAUCAACCUCUGCUGCUGCUGCUGCUGCUAGUACCAAUGCUUCAUCUCCCUUCAAAAGCAAGAAACCUAAAAAGACCAAAAAGAAGAUUUCUUCAGCUCCUUUGGGGCCAAGAGAUAGCAAACCGGAGAGGAACCUCGAUUCGGCUCGUCUCGCCGCCUUGAAGUCUCUCCACAGAGCUAUUACUUACCCUCCCAACUCCAUCCUCAUCGCUAAUUCUGCUUCCUAUCUUUGCUCUGGUCUCUGGCAACUUCUCUCUGACAAGUCUUAUGAUGUCAGGCAAGCUAGUGUUUCUGCGUACGGAGCUCUUUGUGCUAUUGUCUGCUCUAUUCCUAUAGAAUUCAUUGGAAGACAGAGCCUUUUGAUGCUGGUUGAUAGCUUCAUUGAUUGGGCAUUGCCGUUAAUUAGGGAUGUUAGUGUUCAAGAUGGGAGCACUGUUCUUGCACUUGAGAGUGUCAGGGAGUUUCUUUCCGUUGGGGAUGUUCAUGUGAUAGAUAGGUAUGCUUUGCCCAUCCUUGACGCAUGCAAGUCUCUUCUUGAAGAUGAGAGAACUUCUAUUCCUUUGUUGAAUCAGGCUCUGGGUGUUCUUUUCUUGAUCUCUUCCAAGUUUUUUAUUUUGUUCCAUCCUCACUUCCUUGACAUUGUUGAUAUGUUGCUUGGUUGGGCGUUAUUACAAGACCAACCCGACUCUGAUAGGCAGAUUGUCCUCGAUAGCUUCUUGCAGUUUCAGAAACAUUGGGUGGGUAAUUUAGACUUCUCGGUUGGAUUGUUAUCUAAGUUUCUUGGUGACAUGGAUGUAUUACUUAGUGAUGGUAGUGAAGGAACCCCGGAACAGUUUCACAGGCUGCUUGCUUUGCUUUCUUGUUUCUUAGCGAUCUUGCGCUCCACUGCUUCUGGGUUACUAGAGAACAAUCUGCUUUAUAAGAUGGACGAACCUCUGAGCCAAAUGAUUCCUCGGCUGUUGGGUUUCUUAUCUACUAUGGGGCAGCGGUUUGGAUGGGCAAAAUGGAUUGAAGAUCUAUGGAAGUGUUUGACUCUUCUGGCAGAAAUAUUGCGCGAGAAGUUUUCGACAUACUAUUUUCCUUCUCUUGAAAUGUUAUUCAAGAGCUUAGAGCAGAAUGAUAAUGUGAAUGUUGCUGUUCAUGGCAAGAUGACAACUUCUCAGAUCCAUGGGACCUUGAAAACUAAUCUUCAGCUACUGUCCCUACAGAAGCAAGGCCUCCUCUCUUCAUGUGUGCCGAAGUUGCUCUGCUUCGAAUCUCCACUAUCUCGGCUGCGAUUGCACCAAAAUCGUUUAGUUACCGCAGGCUCUUCUGACACAUACAUAUUCUUGCUUCAACAUGAGAGUGAAGAAAUUAUUCAACAGGCGAUGGAGUUAUUGAUGAAUGAACUUGAGUUGUUGAAGACUGUACUUGUGGACUCAUCGGGAAGCGAAAACAAGACUUUUGAUGUUACAGCCUAUGAAGCCUUCUCAAAAAACGAGCUGCUGGCGAUGAUUAACUUUGAUAUGAAGGUCCUACUUUCCUGUGUUUCUCUUGGAGGGAGAAAAAGUCUGAGUGACGUACCGAAAAUUGCUGCCUUGUAUCUUAAGAGGUCAGAGAAGUUAAUUUCCUUUGUUUUCGAAAAGCUGAAUCCUUUUGAGUCAUAUGUUGAUGCGUGUUCGGAGUUGCAAGUCAGCAUUAUGAGGAUGUUAGAGUGUUUAGCUGCAGUUGAGCUCCUUAGUAACUGUUCCGUGCUAGUUCAGCCGGGCAGCAAGCUUCUUAAAGAAACGAAUCAUGGGAAGACACCAGUUAAGCAUACAUUUUUUACCAUGGUAGUUGAGCAUCUAAGGAAAUACAGCUUAACGAUGGUUAAAGCUCUUCGUUUUUCAUCCCCUCUUGAUGUAAAGCUAGCGUCGCUUGAAUGGAUUCAGAAAUUCUGUGAGAACCUAAUGGCAAUAUCGAAGAAUCUGAAUAUGGAUGCUUACUUCUGUGAAACAUUUCCGUAUGCUGGUGCAGUUAGAGAUAUAAUAAUGGCGGUUUUAGAUGCUGCAUUUGAUACUGAACCGAAAGUGAGGAGUUUGUCUGCAAAGGUUUUAGAGCUGCUUCUAGUGGUAAAGCUGAUACACCCAAUUUCAUUUUACUCCCUUGCUGAGAUCCUCCUUGAAAAGCUUGGAGAUCCAGAUACGAGUAUAAAGAAUGCAUUCAUUAAGUUGCUAUCUCAUCUCUUGCCAGCUACCCAGUAUGUUUGUGGCAUGCACAGUGAGGUCGAACAUAUGGCUCUUAGGCCCGAAAUUCUUAUGCUAGGAAACGGUUACUUGCAUUGGAAGCAAGUCUUUGCACUUAAGCAAUCUGACCAUCAUUUUCAGUCGCAGCAACUUGUCUCUGUCUUGAAUUAUGUUUCCCAGAGAUGGAAAGUUCCUUUUUCUUCUUGGAUCCAAGGGCUUAUUAAUGCUUUUCAGGGAACAAAGGAUACGGAUGAUGGGCAUCCUGAUGAAAACCUUAUCAAGAAUGGGUGGUUGGCGAUAAAAGCUGAGAAAGGCUCGAUUGAGAGAAUCUGCUUGGCGAAUAACCUGGCAGGCGCUUGGUGGGCUGUGCAUGAAGCUGCUAGGUUUUGUGUUAGCACACGUCUCCGUACUAACUUUGGUGGCCCUACUCAAACUUUUGCAGUCCUAGAGCGAAUGCUUUUGGACAUCACAACUGUGCUGCAGGUUGAUAGCGAGCAAAAUGUUGUUGGCUCAUCUGGUGCCCAUCUCUUACCAAUGAGGUUACUGUUGGAUUUUGUAGAGGCGUUGAAAAAAAACGUGUACAAUGCGUAUGAGGGGACUGCUGUUUUAUCCUCAGCGCCUCAACAAAGUGUCCUGUUUUUCCGAGCCAACCGUAAAGUUUGCGAAGAAUGGUUUUCUCGAAUAUCUGAACCAAUGAUGAAUGCUGGUAUAUCACUCCAGUCUCACAAUGCCACGGUUGAGUAUUGCACAUUGCGACUUGAGGAGCUUAAAAGUCGUGCAAUACUAGUGAAGAAAGAAAAGUUUAAAGUACAGGCUCAGAUAACUUCGGACAUCUCAGGAAUUUUGCGGAAAAUGUCAUUGGCUUUGAGUCAGAAUCAUGAUACACAUGCUCUGCUUGGCGUUAACAAAUGGGUAUCAAUGAAUUUAGCUCCUUUGGUCGCAGAAGAAAGUGACAAUCAGAAGCGCAGUGAUGAAUUGACGUUGUUUCCAUGGAUCACAGGGUUGAUUUAUCAGUCAGAUGGACGAUAUGAGAAAGCGGCUGCAUAUUUUGCUCACCUACUAGAGGAAGAGGACUGUCUCAGCUCUAUGGGUUCUGAUGACAUUCAUUUUGUAAUUGAACGGAUAAUUGAGAGUUAUGCUGCUUUAUCUGAUUGGAAAUCUCUAGAUUCCUGGCUUUCAGAGUUGCAGGCUCUUCGUGCAAGGCAUGCGGGAAAAAGCUUUUCAGGUUCUUUGACUGCUGCUGGAAAUGAAAUGAAUGCAAUACGGGCCUUAGCACGCUUCGAUGAAGGCGAUAUUCAGGGGGCAUGGGCUUGUCUUGAUUUAACGCCUAAAACUAGUGCUGAGCCGUCACUUAACCCAAAGCUGGCCUUGCAAAGAAGUGAACAGAUGCUUCUGCAGGCAAUGCUUUUCCAAGCUGAGGGAAAUAUUCAAAAGGUUUCACAUACUUUACAGAAGGCCCGAUCAAUGCUAGAUGAAACCUCACUGGCUCUUUCAUUUGACGGAUUAUCCGAGACAGCGCCAUAUGCUACACAGUUGCAUUGCCUCUAUGCUUUUGAAGAGAGUCAUCAGAUGAGAGAGAGUGAACCUAAGCAGAAACACAAUAAUUUAAUGUUAAGCUCCUGCGUCUGGUCAAUGCAGUCUAUGAUCAAUAGAAUUCAUCGUGAUUGCAGCCCUUGGUUAAAAGUUUUACGGACUUAUAGGACAAUAUCGCCGACAGCCUGGGUUACUCUAAAGCUUUGCAUGGACUUGUUUGGAUUUGCUCGCAAACAAGGAAAUUUCUUGCUUGCAAAUCAUCUUAAAGUCUAUUUGAAUGAUCAUGUAUCCAGUUGUGAUGAGGUUAAGCUGCGGGACUUUCUUAUAUCAAAUUUGCAGUACCAGGGAGCCUUGCUGAUGUAUGAGGAAAACAAAAUUCAAGAUGCUGUUGUGGAUCUUUGGUCGUUUGUACAGCCAGAGGUAACUGCGUUACAUCCAGUAUGUUUGGAUACUGGUGUGGCCUUCUUAAAGGCAAAAGCAUGCCUAAAACUUGCAACUUGGCUCAAAGGGGAUGCUAGUUCUCUGGAUUUGGAAAAGGUCGUCUUUAAGAUAUCAGCAGAUUUUAACAGAACUGAGAUUCCUUCAUCUGUAAGUAGCGAGCCUUUGGUAUACGAGAGCUCAAAACCAAGCAUAAAGGCUAUCAGUGAGGAGAUGAUUGGCACGGUUACAAAAGUGUCUACCCAACUUUGUUCUGCGAUGGGAAAAUCAUGGAUUUCAUAUGCUUCUUGGUGUUUUCGUCAGGCAACGGAGUCUUUUAGCAAAUCUAAUGAGUCCACCAUCCACACAUCCUUCUCUUCAAGAAUACUUGCUCAAGAGCUCCAACCUGGAACGUUUCGCUUGACUGAAGAUGAGACUCAAUCGGUGGAGUCUAUUGUUAUGCAGUUUCUUCAGAACGAUGAGUCCACGGAUCUCACAAACAUUGGGCAAGAUGGAAACCAUCAUACAACUACUGCAGACCAUUCCGAAGCAAGGAUGAAAGCAUUGCAGAAGCAAGUCAUUGAAACGAUAGAAAACGCCGCUGCAGCUCCUGGUGGAGAAGGUUGUGAUUGGGAUAGUCUCUCUGUUCAUCUAGCUUCCCAGUUAACUGAUACACUGCUCUGCGCAAAGGAAAAUGGGGAAGAUACUGAUAUAGCACCUAUUGUUAAAAGGCUGAUUGAAGUUUGGUGGUCGCUGAGAAAAAGACGGGUAUCCCUCUUUGGGCAUUCAGCACUUGGUUUCACACAGUACCUUCGUUAUUCAUCAAAAAAUCUACGCACUAGUGAGUUUACAGGCGUAGACUAUGAUCCACUGAACAAAAAAGCUGGUAGCCAUACAUUAAGAUCAACACUGUAUAUUUUGCACAUCCUUCUGAACUACGGAGUGGAGUUAAAAGAUACGCUGAGACAUGCUCUUUCGAUGGUUCCCUUGGAGCCUUGGCAGGAAGUAACACCUCAGCUUUUUGCUCGGUUGAGCUCUCACCCCGAGGAGGUGGUGCGAAAAGAAAUAGAAGGCUUACUGAUAAUGCUGGCGAAGUUGUGCCCUUGGUCCAUAGUGUAUCCAACACUUGUCGACGUGAAUGCUUGUGACGAGAAGCCAUCUGAAGAGCUGUUGCACGUAAAGGCCUGUCUGGCUGAACUAUAUCCAAGAUUAAUCCAAGAUGUGCAGCUUAUGCUUAAUGAGCUGGGGAAUGUGACUGUCCUUUGGGAGGAACUGUGGCUCAGCACACUGCAAGAUCUCCAUAUGGAUGUAAUCAGGCGGAUAAACCUGCUGAAAGAAGAGGCUGCUCGUGUUUCAGAAAAUGUUACUCUAAGCCAGAGUGAGAAGAAUGAUAUAAAUGCUGCAAGAUAUUCUGCAAUGAUGGCCCCUAUUGUUGUUGCACUGGAACGUCGCUUGGCUUCAACCUCUAGGAAGCCUGUAACACCUCAUGAGGUUUGGUUCUAUGAGGAGUACAUAGAACGUCUAAAUUCAGCAAUAUUGACAUUUAAAACUCCUCCCUCGCCUGCUGCUCUGGGGGAAGUCUGGCGUCCUUUUGAUAGUAUUGCCACGUCUCUGGCUUCUCAUCAAAAGAAGUCAUCAAUAUCUCUAAAGGAAGUUGCUCCUAGUUUGUCUUUGUUAUCAUCCUGUAACAUUCCAAUGCCUGGCCUGGAGAAGCAACCCACGUUGUCUGAAUCUGACACUUCACUCCAGGGAAUAGUCACUGUUUCUUCUCUUUCAGAUCAUGUGACGAUCCUUCCAACCAAGACACGACCUAAAAAGCUUAUUAUGAUUGGCUCAGAUGGAAAGAAAUAUAUUUAUCUCUUAAAAGGCAGGGAAGACUUGCGCCUUGACGCUAGAAUUAUGCAAUUGCUUCAGGCAAUUAACACUUUCUUCUGCUCCUCUCGAGCUACAGAUGGUGGUACUAUUGGCAUUCGCUAUUAUUCUGUCACUCCUAUUAGUGGUAGAGCUGGUCUAAUCCAGUGGGUAGACAAUGUUAUAAGCAUAUAUAGCAUUUUCAGGUCUUGGCAGACACGUGCCAAGCUUUCCCAAAUGCCACCAUCAGCUCCUGGUAGUGCAAAAAGUCCAGAUCUACCACCUGUUCCUCGACCAAGUGAUAUGUUUUAUGGGAAAAUGAUUCCGGCCCUAAAGGAUAAAGGUAUAAGAAGAGUGAUUUCACGAAGAGACUGGCCUCAUGAUGUUAAGCGUCAAGUACAAUUGGAUCUUAUGAAGGAGGUGCCAAAACAACUACUGCACCGGGAACUUUGGUGUGCUAGUGAAGGGUUCAAAGCCUUCGCAACAAAGUUUAAAAGGUACUCUGGUAGUGUCGCAGCUAUGAGUAUAGUUGGUCACAUGCUCGGCCUUGGGGACAGACAUUUGGAUAACAUCCUCAUGGACUUUUGUAGCGGGGAUGUGGUACAUAUAGAUUACAAUGUCUGUUUUGAUAAAGGGCAACGGCUUGAAGUUCCUGAGAUAGUACCAUUUCGGUUAACCCAGACAAUGGAAGCUGCGUUAGGGUUGACAGGUGUUGAAGGCACAUUUAGAGCAAAUUGUGAAGCUGUUCUUGGUGUUCUGAGGCAAAACAAGGAUACACUUUUGAUGUUGAUGGAGGUUUUUGUUUGGGACCCACUUGUUGAGUGGACCCGAGGAAAUUCCCAUGAUGAUGCUGCCAUUGGUGGUGAGGAAAGAAAAGAUAUGGAGGUUGCCGUUAGCUUGAGUUUGUUUUCAUCAAGAGUGCAAGAAAUUCGUGUUCGGUUGCAGGAGCAUCAUGAUCUUUUACUGGCUGCGUUGCCUGCUGUUGAAUUGUCUCUGGAGCGGUUUUCCAAGGUGCUGAAUCAAUAUGAGAUCGCAUCAUCUGUUUUUCUUCAAGCUGAUCAAGAAAGGUCAAAACUCAGUCUUCGCGAGACGUCUGCGAAGACUACAGUUGCAGAAGCAACUUGCAAUUUAGAAAACAUCCGUGCUUCUUUUGAGAUUCAAGCUCAAGAAUUUUCUCGAGCAAAAGCCUUGGUCUCUGAAAAAGCUCAAGAGACAGCUGUUUGGAUGGAGCAGCGUGGAAAGAUCCUUGGUGCCUUACGAAGAGAUAUGAUUCCUGAAAUUACUGCCCCCACAGUGUUGACGGACAUAUUGGGUUCUUUGUCCUUGACAUCUGCUGUUCUGGUUGCUGGAGUUCGACUGACUGUAGUUCCGGAGCCAACACAAGCACAAUGCAACAAUAUUGACAAAGAAAUUUCUCUUCUAGUCAACGAUCUCAGUGACGGCCUCUCCUCUGCUUUGGCUGCACUUCAAACAUAUUCUUUGGCUUUGCAAAGAAUUUUACCUCUGAACUACCAUACAACAAGUCAGGUAUAUGAUUGGGCGCAAGUCUUGCAGUUAGCUGCGCGUGCUCUGUCUACGGAUAUCUUGUCCCUUGCCAAAAGACAGGCUGGUGAACAAUAUGCAAAAGUACACGGGGAUGACUCUCAAUCUGUCAGGAACUGCUACGAUGAUCUGUGGCGUAAAGUUGAAAAGUAUGCAGAUGAUGUAAAGAAGUUGGAGGAAGAGUAUGCAGAACUGGAAGCCUCAAGUGGAACGGGACCCGAAUCGAAGGCCAAGAAUCGUCUCUUCUAUGGUUUGAUUAAUUAUGUGCAGUCUCCAGGAUUUGUGGAAAGCACCAAUGCUGGUUUAUCUGAUAAAUAUGAGGCAGCCAAAAGAGUCAAUCUUCAGGACUCUGGAAAAAGAACGCUUAAAGAUUCUGGAGAAAGAACGUUGAAGGCAUUGGAUUUGUUACACACAUCCAUCAGUUCACUCUAUGAUCGGUCAAAGGAAAAAGUACACUAUAUUUUGAAUGCUUCGACGGAAAGAAAUGAUUUAAAUGAAAGCCUUGUAUCCGAAUCUAGGAGUCUGAGCACUAAUUUAGAGGCGCAGAUAGAGAUGUGCAUGAUAGUAGUGGACUUUCUUAACGAGGUAAAACAUUAUGCUGGUCAGGAGAUUUCUAGUGUGGGAGAAAGUUUGGCUGGGUCUGCUCACCGUGUUGAAGAGAACUGGGCUUUGAUCUUCCACAGAACCUUGCUUUCAUCGAAGACUUUAAUUGCACAAAUGACAGACGUUGUUGUACCUGAUGUUCUUAAAACGUACUUGUUAAGUAAUUCAGAUCUCAUGGAUGCCUUUGGAUUGAUCUCUCAGGUCCGUGGAUCCAUAGAUACUGCACUGGAGCAACUCGUAGAGAUAAAGGUGGAAAGAGAUUCCUUGGUUGAACUUGAGCAAGACUACUUGAAAAAGAUUGGCCAUAUCACUGAGGGGCAGCUAGCUCUUGAAAAAGCAGCUUUGAAAAGCAGGGAACAUCUAUCCUGGGAAGAGGUUGAGGAAUUUGCUUCUCAAGGAGAGGCUUGCCGGACACAGCUUGACCAACUUAAACAAUCAUGGGGCCAGAGACUAUCAUUGCUCGUAAAGAAAGAAGAGCAGGUUAAAAAUGCUCUUGUCUCAGCUGAGAAACAGUUUCGGCUGCUCACUAAUGCAGAUGAAUGCAAGAAGCUUAACAAUCUCAGAAUUUCAGGGAUAUUGGUUGAAUUGGUUAAGCCUUUCAGGGAAUUGGAACAGCUAGACAAAAAGUUAUCCUCCUUAAGCAGCUCAGCUGUUUCUAUGUCAGAUUUGCUCCCUGCUCUAGGGAAUCUCCUCAGCUGUGAGCUGUCACCAGCUGAGAGCAUAUGGCGUUUCAGAAAUGUACUUAAUGAUCAUUCCUUCUUCAUCUGGAAAGUAGGCAUCAUAUAUUCAUUCCUUGAUUCAUGCAUACAUGAUGCUACCCUGUCAGUGGAUCAGACAUUAGGAUUUGAGCAGCUAAUUCUCUUUAUAAAGAAGAAGUUUGAGUUCCAACUUCAAGAACGGGUAGAUUGCUACCUAGCAGGAAGCGUUGCUCCUGCGUUUUUAUCUCAGAUGGAUAAAGAAAACGAGCGUUUGAAACACUUCUCAGAGGAAAGAAGUACUAGAGAGGAUCAAGUGAAGCCAGAAUAUAGUCAUCUGAAACAAGUCCAUACAAUGCUCGAGGAAUAUUGCAAUGCUCAUGAAACUACUAUCGCUGCAAAAUCAGCAGCGUCUCGUAUGAAAAAACAAGUUAAGGACAUAACUGAUGCUCUUCGUCGGACAAGCCUUGAUAUUGUUCAAAUGGAAUGGAUGAACGACGCUACAUUGACCCCUUCACAGAACAUUAGGACUUCAUUGCAACAAGUAUUUGUCAGUGAUGAUAAAUUUUAUUCUAGUUUCUUAGACCUCAACAGAGCUAAGUUGCUGGAAACUAUACGUUCUGCUAUUCCCCAAAUAACUAGGUCGAUAGAAAGACUACAAGCUUGCGAGAAAAACUCAAUCGCAGCCGAAGGACAACUAGAGAGAGCGAUUGGGUGGGCUUGCGGUGGAUCUAGUUCUGUUGCAGCUGGAAAUUCUUCGGCCAAGAUGUCUGGUAUUCCUACCGAGUUUCAUGACCAUUUGUCAAGACGCAGGCAGUUGCUUUGGGAUGCUAGAGAGAGAGCAUCAAACGUUGCCAAAAUCUGCAUGUCUCUUCUGGAGUUUGAAGCAUCCAGAGAUGGAAUUUUCAGAAAUCCGUGUGAGGCUCUUGAGGGUGAUCCGAGAAUCAGGGGGGACUCCAGGGCAUGGCAGAAAACUUAUAUGAACUUAGUUGCGCGACUGGAGGUUACUUAUCAAUCCUUCACACAUGUUGAACAAGAAUGGAAACUUGCACAAAGCACCUUGGAAGCUGCUUCGACUGGUCUAUAUUCUGCCACAAAUGAGCUUUCUAUUGCUUCUGUGAAAGCUAAGUCUGCGUCAGGUGAUCUGCAAAGUACUAUUCUGUCAGUGAGGGAUUGCACACAUGAAGUUAGUGUUGCAUUAGCUUCUUUUCUCCGGGCAUCAAGAGGCCACACUGCUUUGACCACUGAAACUGGUGCACUGCUCAAAGAGGUUCUCGCAACAACAGGGGAUCUGCAUGAUGUUCAUAGUUUGGGAAAGGAGGCAGCCACUUUACACCGUUCUCUCGUGGAUGAUCUUUCAAAGGCAAAUGCAAUCCUUGUUCCGCUAGACUCAACUUUGUCAAAGGAUAAUGCUCUUAUUGCUGAAGUACUGGCCAGGGAAAGCGAGACAGACAUUGAAGUUUCGUCCAUUCAUGGACAAGCUAUAUAUCAAUCUUACGGUGAAAAAAUUGGAGAGAUCUAUCAGAACCUUAGACCUUUGGUACCAUCUGUUGCAUCUUCGGUGAAGGGUCUAUAUCCAAUGUUAGCUAGGCUCGCACAAAUUGCAAGUGAACAGUCUGAGGUUCAAAGUGAUGUUAUUGCUUCUCCUCCAACACGGACACAUACUCGAACCACAAGAGGUAAAAAUGCUUAUGCACUCUCAGUUCUCAAGUCCAUGGAGAUUAAGAUAGAUGGUCGAAAUAUUAUUGCUGAUAACAGGGAGGUUAGUGUUCCAGAGCAAGUGGAUUAUCUAAUCAAGCAAGCCACAAGUGUUGAUAACCUCUGCAACAUGUAUGAAGGUUGGACUCCGUGGAUUUAGACAAGUGUUUUGAAUCAGACCGAAGUUUGACCAACAUGUCGCCUCAAGUCUCGGAGAGAUGCCACAUCAUGUUAUUGCUGACGCAUUUAGUAUCUCAUGAUGUUGCACUCAACCGGUCAUUGGUAUUAGAAAGCGGAUCUAUCUUUGUGAUUGGAACAGGCAUGUCUACAAACGGAUGUUAUGCUUGAACGUUGUGGCUGUGUUAUCGAGCGCACUAAAUGCGGCGUAAAGGUCUUGGAAUCAUCAGCAGAACAGUGUGAAAGACAUCUCAUAGGAGACUGCGUGUUAAACUUUUGGAGCUUGUUUGAACAGAGCUCAGAUGUACUGUUGCUCCUAACCUUCCAGAUGCAGCAGCACGAUGUUAAACUCCAAUCUCCUCUGGUGUGUGUACACUAUUCAAAUAAGUUUGUGUAUGUUUUCACAAUCCAUAUGAGAAAAUAACGUAUGAGCACUCUCAGUGAUGGUUAGACCAGAAACUAUUAUUUUGCAUUUUCUGUUUCAAAACUACUUUUGAAUGAAACAAACGCUUAACUUGAACAACUAAAACACGGAAGGAAUGGCUAAGAAAUGGAUAAUAUCAAUCCAACUCGGAUUACAAUCAUUCAAAGAUGAAGCUAUUCAGCAAAAUAGUGCCAAGUGGGGUUUGAAAAUAAUUAACAAUUGAAUAAGAUAAGAAAAAGUGUGGAAUCGGCACAGACUAUAUGACAUGUCACGACUCACUCUUAUUAAGAAAGAAAAAAGUAGUAAAAAUCCAACCUGCCGGAAUCGAACCAGCGACCUAAAGAUUUGCUGUCACAGACUACAGUCUUCCGCUCUACCAACUGAGCUAAGGUCGGUUGUUGGAUAUUCCAAGCACAUAACUAAUUUGUAUUAAAUCCUUGUUGAAACCAGCCGUUGGUUUUGUUUUGUUUUGUUUUUCUUUUCUGAUCUUCAAGCGUGCCCAUAUAUUUGUAUAACUUGUAAAAUUCAAGAAGGCGCAACGGGAAAGAUUUUUUUUAAUGAUUUGACCGGCUAUUAGAUGAAAAACUUUGUACAUAUCUCAAUAAGACAUUUCUUCUUGACUUGUAUUAUUGGAUGGUCCCCAAGUGUAAACCCCACACCACCAAGGUACCCACUUUUCUCCUUUCUCCAUCAAUGACACAAAGUAUAUCAAAACCCAUCGAACUUACCAUGGUUUUCUAACUCAAAAUGACUAAACAACCCUCUCCUUUCAUUCUCUACAUAAAGCUCACAUGGGUCUCUCUCUCUCUCAUUCAUAUUUUCAAAUUAGUAUCAACAAAAAAAAAAAAAGAAUGGCAAAAGCUAUGGAGGUCUGGGUGGGAGAGAUGAAAAAGAUGGGUGAGAAGAUAAACCGUAGAAACCCAUUGAUGCAAAAGAAGAAGAGUACAUCUUCUGUUGUGUCUGAACAACAGCAAGGAGAAGAAGAAAGAAGGCUUACACAAAAGGUAAGAGAGAAAGAUGAAGCUGCAACCAUGUCUGAGAUCACUGUGUGUCUUCUCAUGGACCGUUUUGUUCCAUGGUGAUACAAUUAUUUUGAGAUGGUGAUGAUGUGUAUACAUAUCUAGAUUUACAUGUAUAUCUUUGUCUAUAGAAGUUGUCAUGUUCUUACAUUUCCUUGUAAAUUUAUGAUAGCGAUGUGUGUUUAAGAGCAAUCAUCUAUUCUGUAUAUCUGUUCAAUCAAGAAUGUUCAAUUA